AUGAAAUUUAUUCAAAAUCUUCUGCUGUUAUUGGUUUUCAUUAAAUGCUCGCAUCAAGUGGAGGAUCCAAGCUUUCAAAGAUAUUGUCAACGUUUCAAUCAAGGUCUUAUCAAACACACAAUCGAAACAGAUGAAAAGGGUGAUGCAAUUCCGAAUCCUCAUGGUGACAAAUGCACUGUUUCAAUGGAUUUUCCGGCUAGAGAUGAGGUAAAUUGCUGCGAUAUUAUCGAAAAUCUCAUCGGUAGCAUGCGCUCCACCGAAAUAAACACGCAACGCAGACCGCGUCGCGCCACAACACACAAAAAAGGGAGGGAAUUUGAAUCGUUUCCUUAUUUGUGUGUGUUGUGGCGCGGCGCGGUCUGCGUUGCGUGUUUAUUUCGGUGGAGCGCGUGGUACCGAUGAGAUUUUCGAUAAUAACGUUAACAAAACCAAAAAAGUGAUUCACGAACGGUAUUUUUAUUCAUUUUUUCAAUCAUUUUCUCAACACAUUGAAUAUUGUCAAAGUUGAAAAAUGUGGCAGCCGUAAAAAAUGAAAAACAGUGCAGAGCUGAAUGAAUGACAAAGUCAUUAUUUCGUCAGUCGCGUGCGGCUGUGCGUCGCGGUCGAAAAACAAUCAAUUAUUUAUUUUUUCCUUUGUUUUUCGGCCGCGACGCACAGCCGCACGCGACUGACGAAGUAAUGACUUUGUCAUUCAUUCAGCUCUGCACUGUUUUUCAUGUUUUACGGCUGCCACAUUUUUCAAUUUCGACAAUAGAGUGAAACUAAAACGCAUUUUAGUGUUCAGAAAUGCUAUUUCAAGACGUUCUAUUCAGCCUAAAAGACAAAUAAAGCCUCAAAUCUCCCAAAAAUGAAAUUGGUGAUUUCGAAAAUCAACAAUUUGAUUUUGAAGGCUUGAUUUGUCUCAUAAGAGCUUGAAAUAGCAUUUCUGGACACUAAAAUACGUUUUAGCUUCACUUUGUUCAAAUGUGUUGAGAAAAUGGUAAAAAAUACAAAAAAAUACCGUUCGUGAAUCAAUUUUUUCGUUUUUUUAAUGUUAAAAAACGUUUUUUUAUUUCGUGAAUCACUGCAUUAUUUAGAUAAAGUACAAAAAUUGAUUAAUUUUCAGAAAGAAGCUGAAAUCUAUUGUAGAAGAUGGGCAAUAUUUGUGUUGGUUGCGUGGAAAGUUGAUGGAGAUCGUGUCUCUUGCACAUAUGAGAAUGUUUACGAAUGUGAAGACAAUUUCGAUCAAAUCCGUGGCAUGUGCUAUAAAAAGCAAUACGAACUUCGAACUUAUAGUGAAGCUGAGGAAGAUUGCAAAAAAUCGCAUGCAGGUGCAGAGAUCUUGAAAUUACAUUCAAAACAUCAAUCGGAAUUGUUGGAAGCGGUUUUCGGCGACACCCUAACAAUGUAUUUUAUUCAACCGGAUAAAACACUCGAACAAUCUUCACAAUUUGUUGGUGGUGAACCAGAAGAUCCAAAUUCAAAUGCAACCAAGAAUUAUGUGAUUCUGUAUACUUACAGUAUUCAUUAUGAUGUUGGACCAAAUACGAUUAUCAAAUUGGAUGCGAAUAAAAAAGCAUUUGCAAUGUGCAUGUACCAACCACGUGAAACAAUUCUCAGUUUUGCGGUGAAAGCCAAAAAUCUUGGAUUGCUAUAUCAUCCAACACAAUUGGUUGGUGCUUUGGCUGUUUGGAGAACUGCUUCGCAUUAUACACCAUCGUAAGUGUUUAUUAUCGAAAAUCUCACGCGCUCCACCGAAAUGAACACGCAACGCAGACCGCGCCGCGCCACGAUUCAAAUUCCCUCCCUUUUUGUGUGUGUUGUGGCGCGACGCGGUCUGCGUUGCGUGUUUAUUUCGGUGGAGCGCGUGGUACCCAUGAGAUUUUCGAUAAUAGCCCCGUUCAAUUCGAUUUUUCCAGAAAUCUCCUUAAUUAUCCCAAUUCACAUGAGGAUAUUUGCGAAGCCUCGAUGAAAGCGAUUCUUGGAACCAGUGAUGGAACAUUGUUGAAUUUGAAACCGGCCAAUACCAAGCGAUUCAGUCCGGAAGUCAAACAAUCAUUCAACCGUGCAUUCGGACCAUUUGUAUAUUGUCAAUAUACUGAUUCUAGGAAGAAUUUGCGUCGUCAAAUAUACUUUGCAAAUAAACGAGUUGUGAGUUUUGAUGGCAGUUUUUGAAUCGGACCAUAGGAAUCGGACCACAAAAAAGGAAUCGGACCAGGUCCGAUUUUUUGAGAAAAAUUCGGAAUCGGACCACUUUUUCAAAAUUUCCUGGUUUUAGCACAAAAAAAUUGACUUUUUUGAAAAAAGUGGUCCGAUUCAGAAUUUUUCUCAAAAAAUCGAACGUGGUCCGAUUCCUAUUGAAAAAUGUCACCCUGGUCCGAUUCAGAAAACCGUCAAAAUCGGGUCCGAUUCAAAAUUUGAAAAAUUGGUGCAUUUUUGGCCAAAAAACUUUUUAGUCAAAUUUUGGCCAAUUUUUGAUCAAAUCACUGUUUUGGCCAGAUUUUGGUCAAAAAAUUGGUCAGAAUUUGGCCAAAAAUUGACCAAAAUUCACGAUUCGACCGAAUUUUGGUCAAUUUUCGACCAAAAAACGAAUUGGGCCAUUUUUGGCCAAAAAACUUUUUAGUCAAAUUUUGGCCAAUUUUUUGAUCAAAUCACUGUUUUGGCCAGAUUUUGGUCAAAAAAUGGUCAAAAAAUUGGUCAGAAUUUGGCCAUUUUUGGUCAAAAAUUGGUCAAGCUCCCACCACCAGUGACCAUCAAAAAAUGUGCAAAAAUGAAUUGAUUUUUGUUGAUUUCAGAAAGGAAUCGCUUGUGACAAGCAAUCCAAUAUACUUGAAAGUGACUAUAGUGCAAAUUGGAUGCGAAAUCUAGGACCAUAUGGUUAUUCUUUCAGUUAUUAUCCAGAAAAAAAUGCGUGAGUUUUCCAGAAAUUGAGCGGGGAUCAAGAAAUGAUGGUUUUUUUUGCAGAAAAGGUUUGAGUUUUGACGCAUUCCCUCACGCUCUUCAUUCUCCAAUGCUUUGUGGAUUGCAUUAUGAAAAAGAUGUGAAUCGUGAAAUUCGAAUGUGCCCGGAAGAUUGGACUCCUUAUCAGCGUUCAACUGGAACUGUUUGUCAUAAAUAUUUUGCUUUAAGCACAGAAUUUCAUAGAGCCCGUGCUUUUUGUCAACGUCAAGGCGGUGAUAUGUCAAGAUGGGAGAGUUAUGCGGAGUAUCAAAUUGUAAUAAGACCUAAACGACUACAAAUUGCGGAUUGGCGUGCUGGUCCAUCUGAUGCUUGGGUGAAGUGCUUUAAUGAUAAUGGGGUGAGAAUUUUUUUCAACCGAAAAAAUGAGGAAACGUUUUAUUACAGUGCAAUGACGUAGAGACAACGAUAAAGGACAGAGAGACUAAAUGGCCUGAUCUUCGAUCCGAUAAAAUGUUUUGGCUGGGCUCAUAUGAACAAAGUGUAAUAUGCGAAAAGAAGGCGUAUCAGUGA